UGUGCGCCGGGUGGUUCUGUGAGAAUCUCCGGGGUGUUUCUCUAACAGAAUGGGGACUCCAGUUAAAGAUGUGAUCGUUAAACCUGAUGCUCCAAACUCACUGCUGCUGGAGAAACACGCCGACUACAUCGCCGCCUACGGCUCCAGAAAAGACGAUUAUGAGUACACCCUGUCCGAGUACCUGCGCAUGAGCGGAGUUUACUGGGGUCUGACUGUGAUGGAUCUGAUGUCGCAGCUUCACCGCAUGAACCGAGACGACAUCAUCAGCUUCAUCAAAUCCAGCCAGCACGAGUGUGGAGGCAUCAGUGCCAGCAUGGGGCACGACCCGCACCUGCUGUACACCCUCAGUGCUGUACAGAUCCUGACGUUGUAUGACCGUGUUGGAUCCAUCGAUGUGGAGAAGGUGGUUGAUUAUGUUCGAGGGCUGCAGCAGGAGGACGGAUCGUUCGCAGGAGAUAAAUGGGGAGAGAUUGAUACCAGGUUUUCCUUCUGUGCUGUGGCAACACUGGCAUUACUGGGCAGGCUGGAUGAGGUGGACGUGGAGAAAGCUGUACAGUUUGUUCUCUCCUGUAUGAACUUCGAUGGAGGAUUUGGAUGCAGACCGGGCUCUGAGUCUCACGCCGGACAGAUCUACUGCUGUACUGGUUUCCUGUCUAUCACUGGGCAGCUGCACCAGGUUAACGCUGAUCUGCUGGGCUGGUGGCUCUGUGAGAGACAGUUACCGUCUGGAGGCCUGAACGGCAGACCUGAGAAGCUGCCGGAUGUUUGUUACUCGUGGUGGGUUCUGGCUGCGCUGAAGAUCAUCGGCAAGAUUCACUGGAUCGAUAAAGCCAAGCUGAGGACGUUUAUCCUGGCGUGUCAGGACGAAGAGACGGGAGGAUUUGCUGAUCGACCUGGAGACAUGGUGGAUCCGUUUCACACUCUGUUUGGUAUUGCUGGUCUCUCGUUACUGGGUGAUGAAACCAUUAAAGCCGUGAAUCCAGUCUUCUGUUUACCUGAGGAUGUUCUGCAGAGGAUCGGUCUCCACACCCCCCUGCUCACCUGAACCCUGUCUGUGAUUCCUGUGUCGUCAUGUCUGUUGUGUUAUUUAUUACUGACCUGGUGUGGAAGCACUGGUGUAUAAGAUCCUGUACAGUGUGUGAUGAUGGGUGCAGUGUGAUGCACUAUUAAAGCUCUGUGCUCUGAUGGUUUAUUACAGCUCAACAUUUCAGUAAAACUCUGUGUUCAUUAUUAAAGUACAGCGCUGAUAAACCUUCUGCACAUCAAUAUAAUAUAAUAUAAUAAAGUUUACACACCCCUGGUUACCUAUGAUUCUCCUGGGUGGGAGGAAUACUCAGUUUCAGUCGCUGUGCUUUUAUGUUUCGUGUUUUGUUUAACAAUAAUAUUAAAGUUUAAAUUGUUUUA